AUGAACCUCAUCCACUCAACCCUCGACACCCUCCGCGACCGCCUAGCCCCCAUCUCCCACACCUCCACCUUCCGCACCACAGGCCAGGUAACCCCCGAAGAAUUCGUCCUUGCAGGCGACUACCUCGUCUACAAAUUCCCAACCUGGUCAUGGUCGCCCGCCUCUUCCCCCUCAAAACGAGUAGCCCAUCUACCAGAGGGCAAACAGUUCCUCGUCACACGCGGCGUGCCCUGUGCCAGAAGAUUAGGCGAGGGAUUCGCAGGCGAAGCAGGCGAGACGGACAGAAUCAUACGGGAUGAAAUGGGCAAGGGGUCCGCUGACGGCGACGAGGGAAAGGACGAAGAAGGCUGGUUAGAGACUGGCGGCGCUGGAACAGCAGGUGCGGGGAAGAAAGGCAGCGUAGGCGACGUGCGCACCUUAGGCGAGAGCGGCGAAGUUGGGCCCAAAGAAGAAGAGGAGGAGGAAGAAGAAAUUCCAGAUAUGGAAGACGCCUCGGACGACGAAGACGCCAUCAUCAAAGACUCUGGCGGCGCCGACCAGAACGCCAGCCCCUUACGAUCUUACACGCUUUACAUAACCUACACGCCCUACUACCGCACCCCGCGCCUCUACCUCUCCGGCUCCACUAAUUCAGCAACGCACGGCACGCAGCCGCUGAAGCCCGAGCUCAUGAUGGACGAUAUCGUCGGCGAUUACGCGGAUAAGACUGUCACGUUGGAGGAUUUCCCGUAUUUUGACGCGGGGGUCAGGAUGGCGAGUAUACAUCCGUGCCGGCAUGCUAGUGUGAUGAAGACGCUGUUGGAUCGCGCGGAUGCGGCGAUGAAGAUUCGGUUGGAGAAGGUCAGGAGGGGCCAGCUGGGGGCCGGGAAGGUGGAGGGUGGGAUGGAGGGGUUGGUGGAUCGCGUGGAUAAGGUGACGUUGGGGUUGGAGGAGAGGGAGAGGAGGGGCGUUGAGCAGGGUGCCAAAGCUGGCGGGGCUGGGGCCGGCGGGGAUGAGUGGGAGAUGUUGCAGGGGGAGAGUGGGGAGGAGGAGGAGGUUGCUAUUAGGGUGGAUCAGUAUUUGGUUGUUUUCUUGAAGUUCAUGGCCAGUGUGACGCCGGGGAUGAAUUAUGAUUUCACAAUGGGCGUUUGA